GGAGUGAAGCCUGCCAGCUAUAAUAAAGUGAUGGAUCCUGAGGUGAAGGAGAUCAUCGGCGAGUGCAUCUGUCAGAAGAAAGAGGAGCGGUACUCCAUCAAGGAUCUGCUGAAUCACGCCUUCUUCGCGGAGGACACGGGAGUGCGGGUGGAGCUGGCGGAGGAGGAUGACUGCCUGAAGACCUCCAUCGCCCUGAAGCUGUGGGUGGAGGACCCGCGCAAACUCAAGGGCAAAUACCGAGACGGCGGAGCCAUCGAGUUCAGCUUUGACCUGGAGAAAGAGGUUCCUGAAGCCGUGGCGCAGGAGAUGGUGGAGUCUGGAUUCUUCCACGAGAGCGACGCCAAGAUCGUGGGCAAGUCAAUCCGGGACCGAGUGGCUCUGAUUAAAUGGCGGAGGGAGAGGACGGGGCCGAGGGCUGAUCCGGGGCCCGCAGCUCCUGUACCCGCACCUGCAGCCGCACCCGUACCCAUACCCUGCCUGCUGGAGCCCGAGGAGGAGCCGCAGGGUCUGGUGUGCCCGCUCAGUGCCAGGACCCCCUCCACCACAUUGGACAGUGGCAUCGGCUCGACAGUGUAUUCAGACUCUCACAGCAGCGGUCUGCAGGAGUGUGUGUCCACCGCAGCGCAGGAGUCUCCAGCUUUGCGGGUCCAGAGUCAUGCGGCUCCAGCUCAGCACAUGCAGACGUACACUCCUGCGUCCUCAGAGUCCUGCGGGACGCUUCUGUCUACUCAGGACACGCUGAAAACAGCACAGCAAAGCAUCAGUGCACAGCGCAUCUCCUCCAGCCGCAGCGCAGAGCUGCACCUGCAGACACACACACACCCGUCUGCAGCGCUGCAGCAACACACACCUGAGAUCCUGAGUCUGCAGACUGAGGCGCAGAUCUGUGACUUCUCUAAUGUGCAGAUCAGCCACGCAGGCCCUGCGCCACCUGUCCAACAGCUCUGCACUCAGACGCCGCUCAUAGACAGCUGGCAGCAUGCAGGACAGUCUGCAUCUAGUGUACCAGCACUGUCUGUUCCCCCGCUGCAGGCGCCCGCUUACCUCACACAGUGUCCGGCUGGGUCUCCUCUUGCAGGAUGUGAUCCACACACCGCCUGUUUUCCCUCAGUUCACUCAUCCCUCAGUUUGCCAGUGCCAACACACUCCUCCAUCUCCCAGGUGGCGUGUUCACAGAGUUCAGUGCCCAUCCAGUACCCGCUCCUGCCCUCCACAUCUCCUGUACCCACUCAGUGUGCAGUUCCACCCGCAGCCCAUCAGUACCAGCAGCCUAAUGUAAACCACAUCAGCACUUUCUCCCAGCAGGGCCACAGUCAGGCCACGCCCACAGUGCAUCCAAACCCCACCUCUCUGUGUGCUGGAGCUCCUCCUAUUCAACAAGCUCCGCCCACACAGGGCUCAUUGACCCUCCAGCACCAGACUCCACUUCCAGUGGACCUGAACUCUUCCAGUGUCUCUGAUCAUGUCCACGCCUCUCAGAUGAUGACACACCCCACCGCCCCAUCCCAUAAUGCACCUCAGCUUGCUACAAUGCCUCAGGUCUCCCACAGACCCGGUCUGGACACCUUCAUCCCUGCAGUGGACCAAACGCAGACUCCUCUACACGCGGGUCAGGGUUCUGCAGUCGCUGUCGCACAUCCAGGAGCUCCAGAGGCGCUCACUGAGGACAGAGGAAAGAAAGACGAUGAGAAGCAGCCAUUCAACUUUGUGGCUUUGCCCCAGUAUAGUGAUGUGUCCUGA